AUGCUCCCAUCCCGCCUCGCCCAAGCAUCCAUAGACCUGUACACCGCCCUUCCCGCCCACGGCAAACCCACCUGCAGAGACAACGGCGUCCCGGAAUGGACAAUACUCUCGACCAUAUCCCUCGUCUGCUCUACUGGCCAAGAACAUACAACCCUUCAAGAUGAAACAGAGAAACCUCCACGGAUAGUGCCAAUAUCUAUUGGGACAGGAGUCAAAGUCUUGCCCCAUGCGCGACUACCACCAGUGGGCGACGCAGUACAUGAUUGUCAUGGCGAGAUCCUGGCCAGAAGAGGUUUUGUUCGGUGGUUGAUACACCAGGCCUCUCUAGUCGCUGAUACGGGCACACCUGUGGAUAAUGCACCCAGAGAAGAAAUUUUUGUCGAGCGGAAUGCCAGCGGGCAGUUCAGUCUCAAAAACGGUGUCAAGGUCUGGUUAUACGUCUCGGCUCUCCCUUGUGGAGAUGCUUCUACAAUGUAUACAGCAAUGCAUCAAAAUCAAGAGGACGCGUCGCAAUGGUCCGACUCUCUGGACAUGCCUCCCACGCCGGCGCCAUCACUCACUUCCGACGCCCCGCCCCCGCUCCCCACCCCCGCAGGUCCGCUCAGAGGACGCGGAAAGUACUCCCACAUAUCCUCUCUCCGCACCAAACCCGGUCGACCCGACUCGCCCCCAAGCACGUCAAUGUCGUGUUCCGACAAGAUUGCUUCUUGGGUCGUACUCGGCCUACAGGGCGGGCUAUUGGGAGCGAGUGGGUUAUGGGCGAAGAUAGAGCUGGAUGGCAUGGUGCUGGGUGGUGUGGAACUGCCUAGUGGGGUGGAUCUCGAGCCGGAAGAGUGGGAGAGGAGGGUGAAAGGUGAGGUCGAGAGGGCUGUAUACGAGCGAGUGGCCAACCAAGUAUCACAGAAGUAUACUCCCCGUCUUCCCGACAUCCAAUUCACCUCCUUACCGUUCCCCCACUCCAAACCAUACAUCGCCUCACUCCAUCCCACGGCCCCCGAACCCCAACCAUCCGCCCUUUCCCUAUCACAUCUACCAUGGCUUCUUCUACCCGGCGGCAAGCCAUCUAAAAGAGAGAUACUGUCCAACGGGACGAUACUGUCGGCACCAUGGAAAGCCCCUGGUCUUGUAUCCUUGCGGCCAAAAGGGCGCAGCAGGCUUUGUAAACUCGAGACCCUGUCAGCGUAUACCUCCCUUCUUCAACGAAUUCAACCCGCCCCGCCCGGCGGCUGGGAUGAAGCGACAUACUGGGAUCUCAAACACCCCUCACCAACGCCAGCCUACCAGCUUGCAAAGUCUGCUUUGCGCGGCGAGUUGGUGAAAGUACAAGGCGAAGGCGCUUGGAAGGCGCUUGGGGAGAUGUACUCUACAUCCAAGUCGGAGGAAUCUACAGGGCCAGAUCCGCCAUUUGAAGGGUGGCUGGUAAGCGGGAAACCAUUUGAAUCGUUUACAAUGCUUGGCGAAGUGGUGCAGGAAUAG